CACUUUCCUAUAAUAGGGGCAUGGUGUACAGAACAGUUGUAGACACUCUGGAAGAUGAUAAUGGUUCAGUGUCUAUUUUUGUUGAAGCUCUAUACAUAGAGUUAGAGUGGAAAUUGUGGUGUUGGAACUUGUGGUGUUGGAACUAUCUGGACAAGGCACCUUUACCUGACUGAGGAAGUACAUAGGAUGCUGUACAUACUAUACUACCACUGUUCCGAUGGAUGUGGGGUUUAAGUAUGUGCAUAUUUGGGAGGGAACCUUCAGGAAGUUGGACAGGAUC